UUCCCGCCUGUCUCUUUCGUCACCGUCGAAUGAUCUCCAACCCUCUCAACCUCAACACCUGAUUGAUCUUUCGACGAACAAGACAACAAAAAGGACAAGCAACCUCACCACACCUUGGUGUGCAUCCUUCCAACAAACUCGACUACCUCACAUCGCAAAUACACACACACACACAUACUUCCAGCACAAAGAUGAAUGCACCGAGGAUACUCAGCAGAGUGGCGUUCCGCCGCUCCUGCACGGCAUUGCAGUGCGCCUCUGCUCGUCGCGCCUACGGCAGCCCGUCUUUCCAGUCACACCCUCUCUACUCAAACAACACACUUCCUCCGGCACGAGGCGACGGCAUCCCUGAGAGCUCCAUCGCAUCGCCGGAUGCUCUGCCGAAGGUCAACGAGACGAGACCCCCCAAGAUCCCCUCGCAAAUGGCGACAGCCCACCAACAAUCCUCAACACCGAGCACUCUUUCCUCUCCCUCUUCCGCCACACAACAGUCCUCGACGACGAUGAAGACACCAGCAAGCGCUUCCACAACAGCCUCUAAGGCCGCGACGACGCCAUCAACAGCAACCGCCGCUGCGCCAAAGAUCACCGAAGCAGCAGCCCAGACCCCCAAGCCAGCCGCCCGCCCAAAGCGUACGCUCCGCGCCCGUAAGGCGGCGAUGAAGCUCAGCCCCGCGGCGGUAGAGCAGCUGCGCGCGAUGCUGGAUCAGCCGGAGCCGAAGCUCAUCAAGGUCGGCGUGCGGAACAGGGGGUGCUCGGGCCUGGCGUACCACCUCGAGUACGUCGAGAAGCCGGGGAGCUUCGACGAGGAGGUGGUGCAGGACGGCGUCAAGGUGUUGAUUGACAGCAAGGCGCUGUUUAGCAUCAUUGGCAGCGAGAUGGAUUGGGUUGAGGAUAAGUUGAGCCAGCGGUUUGUGUUUAAGAACCCGAACAUCAAGGAGCAGUGUGGCUGCGGCGAGUCUUUCAUGGUUUGAGAGGCUGUAAUGCUCCACAGACUGAAUGAUCGCCAGCGAGAGAAGACACAGCAUGAGCAUGCGCUGCUUUAGUAAGCGGAUCAAUGGCUUCGAAAUACACUUCAUACACGGCCACCGUCUUCAUCAUAGAGAAGGGGAGACGGUAAACGUCACCGGCACCAGCAUCAACUCAUGCUACGGCGUCUUUGUACAUCACGGCUCCAUUCCGAGUAUUUUCAAAUUUGGGUUGAGGAAGGACAAGGCAUUGGGAGGCGUUUUUACAGGUGUAAUGAUACCUACGAGAAGAUCCGGCUCAUCAUCCGGGCGUGAAUCACUGAGAUUAUUAGUUUCAUUUUCAAUUGAACCUGAGAAGUGAAUCGAAC